GAGCGGCAGGACGAAACGUUUCCCGGGUGCCAUGUUCAGGAUGCUGGAUAAUGUCUUCAGCCUGGCCGAUACCGAUACCAAGGUGGAGUUCAAACGGAAGUUUCGAAGCCGUCUGGAGUUCGAAUCGGCCUUGAGCUUUGUCAAUCCAAGGUCGAUCCAAGGGAAUUUGAGAGAGACCCAGAGCCAGAUUGCCACGACAGUUGGGGGUGAGUCCAAGGGAAGCACUACGGAAGUCGUCGAAUUGCAGGAGGCACGGGCACAUGGCGAGAUUGGUGAUAUAUUCAAGAUGAUGCUUAAAAUCUACAAGUCGGAAGAAGCCAGAUCGAUGGAGGUGCCAAAGAAGGGUAGCUUCGAAUUGGGUUCGAUCUCCUCCCACUUCAGCCAGAUGUGGGACAACGGGCGUCAGACUCGGCCGCUAUUAUCAACAGAUGCAAAAUUCUUAGCCACAUCCAUGCUUGCCCAUGACACGUUGGUUGGCCAUGUUUCCACAUUGGAAUUGUGUACAGAACAUAUUGAUUGGCUAUGUAGAUGGGUACCUCAGUUCGCUGAGAGACUCGAGAGGAUCAAAAAGGAUGAUCCGAUGGACAAAAAGAUGCUGGAGAUGGCAGAGAUGGAGGAAGUCAGUUUUGCUGGCUACAUACGCAGCUGGGAAAGAGUUCGCCGGCGCGACAACUCCAUCAGAUUUGAAGAUUCAACAACAUUGAGCCCAAUGCUGUUCACACACUAUAUGCCAGGCUACCACCCAUUGUUUGCUGAUCUCACGCAGACGAUGCAGAUUUUCUCUAUCAAAAUCACAGAAUUGGUAGGCUUCAAUUGGCCAUUGGAGGUAUACGGUGUGGUUGCUGCCAGGGAUGCUGUGGAUUAUCGUCGCAACCAUCUUUUCCUUCGCAGUAGGGAUAACUGCCAAUUACUCAAGGAUAAGGAGGAUUCUUAUUUGCACUUGACUGGCCCGUCUCGUGCGAUUAUGUCUGAGGACACUGUUCGGAUUGAAUUCCAACUGAAAGUCAAGGGCACUAUGAAGUCAGAAGACAGGCAUUUAAUCACUGAACAAUUUGCUUGUGAUGCUGAUGGUGCUGGGACUUCUAUCAUACAUUCCAUCGAUGGCUGUUUUUGCACGAUGGAAUUAUGUUCUGAGUAUUUCAGAGGCUCGAUCCAAGCAACCAUAAUUAGUAUCUGUGUUACGCAAGGCUCGUUGCCAGAUGGUGCACAAGUUAUUUGCUUUUCACUGCCUGAAGAGUAUACUGAAGGGAAGGAUGAGCGCAGAACUAACCAUGUUGUUCUGUUUGAUAAUAAAAAUGGAGCAGUGCCAGUAGAUGAAGAAGGGUAUUUGAAGUUGUCAAGGCAGGUUGUUCCUGUAGAAUUGGAAGGAAAGCUGGAAGUUGUCACAAAGACUGAUGCCAUGAUGAGUCGAAGUGUUUUCUUUACACCUGAAUUAAGCAACAUAAGUCAAGAAUCGUGCAUACUUGGUGAUGACUGCACGUUAGAGAUAACUGUUGCUUGGUCUCUCCUUGUUGAUGACGAGCAGCAUAUGAUGAUGAUGAGCUACACGAACGCUCUCGUGCGACCUAAACCUUUCCCGUACAUGAAGUUGGUUCAAGACACGCAAGGCGGGAGUUGUUGAUGAUGUGUUAGCAAUUUUAAAAUUAAGUCAAGCAUGUGAACUACUCUUACUGUUCCUUCGUGAACUUGUCUACCUUGUUUUGUAAUAUGAUAUGAGAUCGACUAGCCUGCUUAUGUUCUAGCCGCUUAUUUGUCUAUCUAUUGCAUUAUUCGUAACUGUUGUUUGUAGUGGGCAACAUAUCCCAUGCAUCCUGUAUCCCUGCAUCGGUUUGUUUCCGGCCGCACGAUGUAAAACUUUGCCUUCCGGCUGCA